UCGAGGAGUCUUAAUCAGGAUCACACAACAAUAAUGAAUGGAAACAUACCGUAGCCAAGAAAGUUCAGCAGCAACCCAGUUAUCGCUUCUGGAGGAUAAGAAUAGUUACCUGAUGCAAAGGACAUUUAGAGAAAGAAAUGGAUUGGCCAGGUAAAUCAGAGACGAUUCUAUGGAAUAGGAAACAGUUAUACUCCUAGAUACCGCUCGUUGAAAAGUAAGUUUAGUGGGAGAACACAGUUUGCCACACCGUAACUCUAUCGUUUUGGGACAGUAACAUGAGCGUGUUGCACUGUCAGCUUUUUGUCUCGGGUCACAGACGUGGAUGAGGUACGCCGUUGAAUUGAUUGGGGACACGAGAUUUUCUUUUUUUUUUCUUGGAAUACCGCUUAAAGAAACGCAAGAAGAAGGAUAUUGUUCUGCUGGGAAAAUGGGGAAUAUAGAAAGCGUGGGAGACGACUCGGAGAUGAAGCAUCAUAUUAUGCCUCUGAAAGUGCCUAUGCCUGACCCCACCGAGUUGGAGGAGAAAUUUGCCAUUGUUUUGAAUUCCAUGAACCUGCCUCCAGACAAAGCCAGGCUCCUCAGACAGUAUGACAAUGAGAAGAAGUGGGACCUUAUCUGUGACCAGGAGAGAUUUCAAGUGAAAAAUCCACCCCACACCUACAUCCAGAAAUUGAGAGGUUAUUUAGACCCUGGAGUCACACGAAAGAAGUUUCGAAGGCGGGUGCAGGAAUCCACCAAAGUGUUGAGGGAGCUGGAAAUAUCACUGAGGACAAACCACAUUGGGUGGGUCAGGGAGUUCCUUAAUGAUGAGAACAGAGGUUUGGACAUCCUGGUGGAGUACCUCUCCUUUGCCCAGUGUGCUGUCAUGUUGGAUUUUGAGGGCUCAGAGAAUGGGGAGGAUGGUACCUUGGAGAAGGCUAGGUCUUGGAGCAGGUCCAUUGAGGAUCUGCACCAGACGGGCACCCAGCCCUUUUGCAACACACUGGUGCGCUCUGCGCGCCAGUCCGUCCUCCGCUACGGCUCAUUAACUAACAGCAAAACCGUCAAGAAUUCCCGUCUUGUGAGCCAGAAAGACGAUGUGCACGUUUGCAUCAUGUGUUUGAGGGCAAUCAUGAACUAUCAGUAUGGCUUCAAUAUGGUCAUGUCCCACGCACAUGCAGUCAAUGAAAUUGCUCUCAGCCUGAACAAUAAGAACUCACGGACGAAAGCCCUGGUCCUAGAACUGUUGGCUGCAGUCUGUCUGGUCAGAGGUGGUCACGAGAUUAUCCUGUCAGCUUUUGACAACUUCAAAGAGGUGUGCAAGGAGAAGCAUCGCUUUGAGAGGCUAAUGGAUUACUUUCGUUGUGAGGAUGGAAACAUUGACUUCAUGGUUGCUUGCAUGCAGUUCAUCAACAUUGUGGUGCACUCGGUGGAGGACAUGAACUUCAGAGUCCAUCUGCAGUACGAGUUCACCAAGUUGGGGUUAGAUGACUACUUGGAGAAAUCUAAGCACACAGAGAGUGACAAGCUGUCAGUGCAAAUCCAGGCCUACCUGGAUAAUGUGUUUGACGUGGGUGGUCUGCUAGAAGAUGCAGAGACCAAGAACGCAGCACUGGAGAAGGUGGAGGAACUGGAGGAGCACCUGUCCCAUGUGACGGAGAAGCUGCUAGAUGUUGAAAAUGAGACCAUGAUGAAAGUAGCUGAUCUAGAGAAGGUGCUCAUUCAGAAGGAUAAGGAUCUACAGGCAAUACGGGAGACAUACGAGUCGACCAACACCCAGGUCAACACCCUAAGGAGGAUGAUUAAGGAGAAGGAUGCUGCUUUCCAGAGGCACUUCAACAUAGAGAAGCGUCUGCUGGAACUAGAACAGCAGGGUACCAUCCGUCUGCAUAAGAAGCCUGAUGGAGACAUUGCCAUCGAGCCUCUGGGUGUAGCAGGUGUGGGUGGUGCAGCUGGGAGCAGUGGUUUAGGGAUCCCUCUGAGUAGCAUAGGGCAGUUGUCUUUCGCAUCUGCAGCUGAGUUAACAGGACCAGCGGGACCAGACACCAGUUUACCCCCAGCCAGUGAAGCUCCACCACCACCCCCUCCUCCACCACCUCCCCCUCCUCCUCUUCCCUCCGCCUCAGGAGAGAAAGUACCAGUCCCACCACCACCACCACCUCUUGCCCCACCUUUGCCAGGCGCGUCUCCCUCAGUUAUCCUCAGUGCAGGUUUAUCAGCUAUAAGAAUCAAGAGGCCCAUCAAGACUAAGUUCCGCUUGCCUGUGUUUAACUGGACUGCCCUGAAGCCCAAUCAGAUUAACGGCACUGUCUUCAAUGAGAUUGAUGAUGAGCGUGUACUGGAGGAGCUGGAUCUGGAACGGUUUGAAGAGCUGUUUAAGACAAGAGCCCAGGGUCCAAUUGUGGAAUUUUCCUGCACUAAGAGUAAGGUAGCCCAGAAGGCUGCAAACAAAGUCACCCUCCUGGAUGCCAACCGCUCUAAAAACCUUGCCAUCACAUUACGAAAGGCCAACAAGACCACAGAAGAGAUUUGCAGAGCCAUAGAGAAAUUUGACCUAAAGGCCUUACCUGUCGACUUUGUGGAGUGUCUGAUGCGAUUUCUGCCCACGGAAGCAGAGAGUAAAGUGCUGCGCCAGUACGAGCGUGAGCGACGUCCACUCGACCAGCUUGCUGAGGAGGACCGCUUCAUGCUCCUGUUCAGCAAGAUAGAGAGGCUCACCCAGAGGAUGAACAUCAUCACCUUUGUUGGGAACUUCACUGACAAUGUCAGCAUGCUCACGCCACAGUUGAAUGCCAUCAUUGCAGCGUCUGGCUCGGUGAAAUCCUCUCCGAAGUUAAAAAGAAUGCUUGAGAUCAUUCUAGCCUUGGGAAACUACAUGAACAGUAGCAAAAGAGGCUCUGUGUAUGGUUUCAAAUUACAAAGUCUUGAUCUGCUGCUGGACACUAAGUCUACAGACAGGAAGAUGACCCUGCUUCACUACAUAGCUCUCAUUGUGAAAGAGAAGUACCCUGAGCUGGCCAACUUCCACAAUGAACUGCACUUUGUGGAUAAAGCUGCAGCAGUGUCUCUGGAAAAUGUUCUGCUGGAUGUUCGGGAGCUGGGAAAGGGCAUGGACCUGAUCAGGAGAGAGUGCAGUCUCCAUGACCAUUCAGUCCUCAAGGGCUUCCUCCAGAGCAGUGACACACAGCUGGACAAGCUGCAAAAAGACGCCAAGACAGCAGAAGAAGCCUUCAACAAUGUAGUUAACUACUUCGGGGAGAGUGCAAAGACAACUCCACCUUCUGUGUUCUUCCCUGUGUUUGUGCGCUUUAUCAAGGCCUACAAGGAUGCAGUUGCGGAAAACGAGCAGAGAAAAAAGCAGGAAGAAGCCAUGAGAGAGAAAUUAUUGGCUCAGGAGGCUAAACAGCAUGACCCCAAGGUGCAGGCCCAGAAGAAGAGGCAGCAGCAGCAGGAGCUGAUUGCAGAGUUGCGUAAGCGGCAAGCCAAAGACCACCGGCCCGUGUACGAGGGCAAGGACGGCACCAUCGAGGAUAUCAUCACAGUACUGAAGAGCGUGCCCUUCACAGCCCGCACGGCUAAACGCGGCUCACGGUUCUUCUGUGAAGCCAACCUCUGUGAAGACGCCAACUGCUAGCCCUCCCCCCUAAUGCCAAGAUCUUCGAAACCAGCCUUUCCUGCGAGCUGAUGCGUUGAUCCGGAGCGGCUGGAAGAGACCCUAAACCACUUAUUCGCCACUUAUACUCCCUUCCCCCACUAUAACCCUCUUCCCUGUGUCCUGAUGGUCCCGCUCAACCCUGAGGCUGCAGAUGACAAAGACUGAAAGGGGACAGCACAGAACCAAUGACCCUUGUUUUAUCUGGGUAUUUAUUUAUUUAUGGAGAAAUCUUUACAGCCACUCUAAGUCAAAAGAUAUAAUUACAGAAGCACAACGGGCUGCUCCCGUUUCACUGCCGACCUUUUAUGCUUAGACACAAACGAGUGCGAGACUCUCAAACACACACACACACACACACACACACACACACACACACACACACUAGUGAUGUGGACUAUGGUGAAUUUGUGAUGUGCUGGCAUCGGGAAGAUCAGUCGAAGAAAGACCACAUGCAGGUGAAGCGAGAUAUAGCUUUGCAAGCAGGAAGGACAGUGGUCUGACCCUCAAGUGCCUGCAAACUCGUGGAUCUUAUUCCCAAAAUGGUCAAUUUCCUCCGAUUGUGCAGUUCUAGCAGGAUUAGGAGGCAGCCGAAAGCAAAGGCGAACUCUGCUGCUGGGAUUUUUGUUUUUCGAAAACAUUGUGGUUUGCACUCCGAAGAAAAAAAAAACUUUCUCCAAAUAAUGCAGAAGAUUCAGUAAUAUAAUGACACAUUUGGAGACUAUUUCCUGGCGUGAGAUUAAGCCAAGUCUUUCAACACAUUGAAUGGAGACGUUACGUCGCUUUUCAAGGAACAGUUGUAAUCGUGUUUAUCUGGGAAGAAAAGACCCUCGACUACACUGGUCUGCUGGACUACCAAAUGAAAAUCAAAGUCACGGCCACGUCUCACAAAUCUUGCUAAAGAAGUGCCUUUUGUGUAGACAGUAUUAUUUCUUAUGACUCAGCCAUAAUCUGUAUCUUUUUUUUUUUAAAUGUCUUUUGUCAAGGAUUGUAUUUUUAAUUUUGUUUUACUAUAACAUUAACCAAAAUUGUCAAGGAAAUAUGAAAAAUGUUCUUUCCCUGCUACGAGGACAUUGUUACGAGGUUGGAGGAACGAGGUGGACGUUUUCUCUCUGCGGGUCCUGAGGCUCCACUCAUACCGGUGUGCAUUGGACUCAUUGGCUCUCCUCGGCCUUCCUUUGUAGAUGUUUGCAAAACUGUGGCGAGUCUGAACGUUAUGUGCCUUGACAACACUUCCUGUCACACUUUUCGGUGACUCUCGGGAAGUGACAAACAUAUGAAGGUGAUCCCAUAUGGACAGCUAUUUCAGGGUUCAGUGAAUGUUGGUUUUAAGUGCUUCAGAUGUGGUCCAAUAAGGGACAUCUCCAUCCCUUUUGGGUACUACUUGUAUUUUAAGCAUCUUUUUUUUUUUUUUGCUUCUUGCUUAUAAAGAUGAUCCAUUCCCUCUUGAUAGCCAUCGAAUAAGCAGAAUGAUUGUGCACUCUGAUCCUUACAGUCUGUUUCUCACUAUGGCAUUUCCAGUGAAGGGACCAAUCAUAGUUACACUACUUAAUUUGCCUUAUGAGACACUAUUGUUGAAGUGGACAUUUCUAUACUGAUGUACAUGCAAAUUGAUGAGUUGAAGAAAUUUGAGGAAAGGGUAAAAUGGUGAUGUAUGAUAUUGUUUGUUUGAAAGAUGACAUUUCCUUUUUAAUAAAAAAAAAAAAAAAACUAAGUGACCAAAAGAUGCCGGCUAUAAUUUGCAAAUUUAGGACAUUCAAAC